AUGAAGUUCACACGCGCGCUCGCCCUUGGCUCUAUCUGCUUGUCUGCUGUGUUCGCAGCUCCUGUCUCGGAUUUUGACGCGAAUGUCGCCAAGGGAUUGCGUCUCAUUCAGACUUCAGAGGACACCGCACCCUUCUGGGCAACAGAGGACCAGAAGCUUGAUCUCCUCCGUGCAGACAAAGGCUUUUUCGACUUGACUGAGACAUACCACCAAGUCGAGGAGCAAAAGGCUAAAGGCAUCAAAGCGAUUGUUGAGCGAGCGACCUAUCCAUCCCCUUCAAAGAGUUCCACCGUCAAGUCAAUCAUCUCCACUCUUUCGACUUCUCGCAUGCAAAGCAACCUCGCUACUUUGACAUCCUACAACAAUCGUUAUUAUACUAGCAGCACCGGCUCCUCUUCUAGCACAUGGAUAUACAACCAACUUGUUUCGAUUGCCAGCGGCAAGAGCGGCAUUACUGUCUCCCAAUACAGCCAUUCGUGGGCCCAAAAAUCUAUUAUCGCCAAGUUCAACGGCGCCUCGACUUCUGCCGCCGCUGUAAUCUUUGGCUGCCAUAUUGAUUCGAUCAACCUCAGCUCGCCCUCCUCGGGACGUGCUCCAGGUGCGGACGACAAUGGAACCGGCACUGUAAACUUGAUAGAAGUGUUCCGUGCUCUCGUUACUGCUGGUUUUUCUCCUGCCCGCCCCGUUGAGUUCCACUUCUAUGCGGCCGAAGAGGUUGGUUUGCUUGGAUCCCAGGCGAUUGCGGCCAACUACAAGAGCUCGGGCAAGGCUGUUUAUGCCAUGAUCAACCUGGACAUGACUGGAUAUUUCAAGCCUGGUUCGACAGAGGUCAUUGCUCUCGUCACCGACCGAGUUGAUUCUGGCCUCAACACUUACCUCCGUUCGUUGAUCUCCGCCUACUGCUCCAUUCCUGCUGGUACCGACUAUUGUGGCUAUGCUUGCUCCGAUCAUGCUAGCUGGAAUACUCAAGGCUACCCUGCGGCCUUCCCCUUCGAGGCCCCUACCGUUUCCGAGAACCCGAAUAUCCACUCUUCAUCCGAUACUACCUCUGUCAACGGUUUCUCCUGGACCCACUCGUUGGAGUUUGCCAAGCUCGCAACUGCGGCGGCUGUCGAGCUCGGAUCGGUUUAA